AUGCCACCAAAACGAAAAGGACGUCCCGCGAAGACGCCUGGGGGAAUGAAUGAUGAUGUCAAGAACACAGGGGAAUCUUCAGCACCGAUGAUACGAAAGAGAGCUUCGAAUAAAAGGGGAAAUGCAGGAAAAACGGCCAGAAAUGCGGUUCCGGAUGUGUACCGAGAAAUGCUCGCGGAGUCGGUCGCAGAGCAGUCAAAUAUACCUGAAAGGCCACUGAAAAAACGAAGGGUAGGUUCUCGAGUUGCGCCUGGAACUGCAGUUCCCCCGCGGGAACAGAAGACUACAGACGAGGAGGACGAAUUCGAAUUUGAAGACGUUAUUGGACCCGAGGUGACCAACGGUAGUUCCAAUGAUGAUGGCACAAGCAAAAGGCAAGCUCAGACGGCAUAUAGGGACUCUGAUGAGGAAUCGGACAAUGAAAGCGUUGGCUGGAAUAACUUCGAUUUUGGAACCCUCCCUCAAAACGAAGAGCCCACAGGUGAUCUUGAAUUGACCUUCAAGACAACUGAGACGACACCUGCAAAGGUGAGAGCAAGUCCUCGCCGACGGCAGUCUACCAAAGCGGAAAAGGUUGCUCGAGUCGAAACUCAUCGAAUGCAUGUUUUAUGUUUAUUGUCACACAUUGAUCGAAGAAAUGAUUGGUGUAACGACUUAGACGUUCAGAGAGCGCUCAAGUCAUUGUUAGACAAGAAAGUCCUGGCCGACCUGAGACCAAAAUCGGAUCUUUCACAGUUUGGGAAGACGGAGUUCCUCAAAAGAGGUUUGGAGAAGGUUGGCAGACUUUGGAGGGCUAAGUUUACAAUUACGGCCAGAGGGUUGCGCAGAGCUCUGUGGGCCGAUGACCAAGAAGAUCUUGAAAAUGCAAGUUUCUCUCAAAUGUCUUCUCUUAAAAGUCAUCUAAUAUAGAGUAGUACAAACUGUCAGAUGAUACUGAAAUUAUUUCAGAUAAGUCUGACUUCAAAGCCGCCGCAAAGAGUUUAAAAGGCUCGCGAGAUCUCGGUGCGCAACUUUAUUGCGCUCUUUUACGUAGUGCGGGCUUAGAUGUUCGGCUAGUCUUCUCCCUUCAACCAUUAUUCUUUGCCUCUGGAGGACCUUCAAUGUCCAAGGGUUAUGUACCAGCAUUUAAAGAGAAUAAUACAAAUGCCAAUGAACAAGAGCCCCAAUCCUCUAGUAUGCUUCCCAGGCCAGCAGGUUUCGGCGAGAAUCUCCUUAACUUUCCUGGCAUAUAUUCGUCUCCAAGGCGUCGACUUGGACACCCUAGCGCAGCAGAUUACAAUGCACCUGAAAUGAGGGCUCCGCCGCCGCGACUGCCCCCAAAACCAAAACCAAAACCUAUAACAGAAUCACCCUAUCCAGUAUUCUGGGUUGAGGUUCUUGAUGAAGCGCACCAGAAAUGGCUUCCGGUCGAUCCACUAGUAACAGAUACGAUUGCAAAGCCUCGGGCCUUUGAACCACCCAUGGCCGACCGUGAAAACAACAUGUCUUAUGUUGUCGCUUUUGACGACGGAGGUAAUGCCCGAGAUGUCACCAAAAGAUAUACUAAAGCUUUCAACUCAAAGACUAGAAAAACUAGAAUUGAGGCCACCCCAGGUGGUGAUAAAUGGUGGAGGAAAACCAUGAAAGCUUAUUCUCGGGGCCCAAAGAGUGAUCUUGACCAAAUAGAAGACAUCGAGCUAGCAGCAAAUGAAGCCAGGGAACCGAUGCCGAAGAAUAUCAUGGACUUCAAAGACCAUCCCGUUUAUGCUCUGGAAAGACAUCUCAAAAGGAAUGAGCUUCUUGUAGCUACGCGAGAGGUUGGAAAGGUUGCUGCUGGACGCGACUCCAGCUUACCGGGUGGAAAGAAACUCGAAAAUGUUUACAGGAGACGAGACGUUAAAAUCGCCCGAAGUGCAGAUGCUUGGUACCGACUUGGGAGGGACAUAAAAAUGGGCGAACAGCCGGUCAAGACGGUACCCGCAAAGCGAAGACCAGAUGACGAUGCGUUCGAUGACGGAAUUAAUGAGCGACCCGGCACGAAUCUUUAUACGCAGGAUCAGACAGAAACAUAUGAAGCCCCGCCAGUAGUCAACGGCCAGAUUCCGAAGAACUCAUUUGGAAACAUUGAUGUUUAUGUUCCGAGCAUGGUUCCCAGUGGAGGUGUUCAUUUACGUCGUAAGUGCUGCACAACUUGAAAGCAAAACUAGCUAAUGCAAAUAGAUGAUGAUGCCUCCCGAGCUGCUCGGCUCUUAGGUAUUGAUUUCGCAGAAGCACUAACCGGCUUUGACUUCAAAGGUCGUCAUGGUACAGCUGUCUUCAAAGGGGUUGUGGUUGCGAUUGAGUUCCGAGAGGCUGUAGAGGCCGUGAUUGAUGGCUUUAGAGACGAACGAGAUCGUGAACGAAAACAAAGGCGCCAAUUGGCUGUACUCAAUAUGUGGAAGAGAUUCGUUAUUGGGCUACGCAUCAAGGAACGCGUUGAUGCAUAUGCUUUUAAGGGUGAAGAGAGUGAUGCCCAACAUCAGACGGCAGAUAAGAACGAAGAAAGUGACGAUUCCAACGAUGAAUAUGUGGAUGAUGAUGUGGAUGACGAUGAAAUGGGAGGAGGAUUUCUCCCGGAAUAA